AUGGAAGCCAAAGUGCGUUUCCACGUGCGGCAAUAUCUGCGCGAGUGCGAGACGCGAGGCGCUUGUCCAGGCCACAUUACAAUCACCUCGCACUUGCGAGAAACGUAUGCGGAGUAUCAGCGUAAACCCCUGGCUGCACUGCGUAAAGUCGUGGCCAAAGUGCUGCAAACCACCACCACGCCGGUACAAUACAUCGAGACCAAUAACAGCGACAAUAAUAAUUGCACUAUCCAUCGUAACGACAAUAACAAUGACAAUACCAAUAACAUUGGCAGUAGCAUACCGAGUGUCGAUGCAAUGAAGCGGGCGCGCAGUGACGACGAGCCACUCGAACAAGCAGCAGCAACCGGAUCGACAAUUGGUGCUGGAAAUGCACUGAAUCGUGCCAUGCAACAGACGUACGCCCAUGCUGCUGCCGACAGAAAAGUGGUGAAAAAAGUGAAAAGUGGACGGCACAAGAUAAAAAAAGCAGUUUCGCACGAAGACCCACCGGACGUGGACGCGGUCGAGUCGGACGUUCGGUUCGUGGUCGAACGUCCAGGUGCUCGAUACAGUGACAUGGGCGGGAUUCAAGUCAUUUUGCAGGAAAUUCGGGAACUUAUCGAGUAUCCGUUGACCCAUCCUGAAAUUUACGUCCAUUUGGGUGUUGAGCCGCCUCGGGGCGUGCUGCUGCAUGGACCCCCUGGAACUGGCAAGUCGAUGCUGGCUCAUGCUAUUGCGGGCGAGUGUGGCGCGACGUUUUUGAAAAUCUCGGCUCCUGAAGUCGUGUCGGGCAUGUCGGGCGAGUCGGAGCAGAAAGUGAGGGCACUGUUUGAUGAAGCGAUUGCGUGCGCGCCGUCGAUUGUGUUUAUCGACGAGAUCGAUGCGAUCACGCCCAAGCGCGAGACAUCUGCGCGGGGGAUGGAAAAGCGCAUUGUUGCGCAGUUGUUGACGAGUAUUGACUCGUUGAGUUUGGAAAACACGGGGGGCAAACCAGUGGUGCUGAUUGGCGCGACGAACCGACCGGAUGCACUGGACUCGGCGUUGCGUCGCGCUGGACGGUUUGACCGUGAGAUUUGUCUUGGUAUUCCAGAUGAAGGAGCACGGGAGAAGAUUUUGCGUGUCUUGGCACGGAAAAUGACACUUGAGGGAGAUUUUGACUUUGCGACGCUCGCUCGUCGUACGCCGGGGUACGUUGGUGCGGAUCUGGUGUCGCUGACGAAGGAGGCGGCGGUGGGAGCCGUGAACCGCAUUUUCACGACGAUAAAUGAAGCGAACAAGGUGGCAGGAAAGAUUGAUGCUUCGAACGUGCUUGAUACGUCAGAGGCGUCGGGUACGAUUGUUGGCAAUGAGGUAAUGGAUGUGGAGAUGACUCCGGAUCAAGUGACGGAGCAGGGCGUUGACCAGACAAGGUCAGCAGCAGACGACCUGCGUGCUCAGGUGAAGCCGUUUACGGAAGCGCAGCUGGCCCCGCUUAGCAUCACAAUGGCUGAUUUCGAAGCUGCGAUUCCAAAGGUGCAGCCGAGUUCGAAACGAGAGGGUUUUGCUACAAUUCCGGAUGUCUCGUGGGACGACAUUGGUGCUUUGCGGGAGGUACGGGACGAGCUGUCUCUUGCUGUUCUGCAGCCUAUUGCGCACCCGGAAAGAUUUGCAGCUCUUGGUUUGUCUAUGCCUGCUGGUGUAUUGCUGUAUGGGCCACCCGGUUGUGGCAAAACAUUGCUGGCCAAAGCCAUCGCCCAUGAAAGUGGUGCUAACUUCAUCAGUAUCAAGGGACCCGAACUUCUGGACAAGUACGUUGGUGAGUCGGAGCGGUCCGUACGCCAGGUAUUCCAGCGCGCUCGAGCCUCGUCUCCCUGUGUGAUAUUUUUUGACGAGCUCGACGCUCUGGCGCCUCGACGCUCGGGUGGUUCCGGUGGUGAUGCUGGUGGCAACGGCGUCAGUGAGCGUGUCGUGAAUCAGUUGCUGACGGAAAUGGAUGGCUUGGACGGCCGUCGCAACGUCUUCGUGAUUGCUGCUACGAAUCGUCCGGAUAUUAUCGACUCUGCCAUGCUGCGGCCUGGUCGUCUCGAUAAGCUGCUUUAUGUGCCCCUGCCGGAAGCAUCGGAACGAUACCAGAUUCUGAAAACGAUCUCUGCAAAGUGUGCGAUAGCAUCGUCCGUCCAGCUCGAGGCGAUUGCCGCCGACUGUCGAUGCGAGGGCUUUAGUGGUGCCGAUCUCAGUGCUUUGGUUCGUGAGGCUGGCAUCACAGCUCUGCGUGAGACUGAUUUUUCAAAACUCGAGGCAGGUGCCACGACAAAGAUGGGAAUCGAACACCACCAUUUCAUAAGCGCGUUUGAUCGCGUUUUCCCGUCGGUGUCCCGUGCUGACCAGCGCAUGUUUGACCGGAUGAAGAAGAAUCUUCGGAAAUCGCGCUCUAGUAUGAUACCAAGCACGAACAGUGCUGCAGAACCAUUGAGCAAAGCUGUCGAGGAUGAAAGUGAGGUUGCACGGGGAGACAGUAGUGCGAAAGAUGAUGUUAGUAUGACUUAA